AAAUAGCAGGGAUUUCCAAAGAGUUCAAAAUAGGAGCUCCAGUCUUGGCAAGGACGCCUCAUUCUGCCCUACGACGGAGCGAUGGGUAAAGAUAAGAAGAAAGACAGCAAAAAGGGAGAGAAGGCCGCAUCUGCUCCAGCCCACGACACCUCCAUCGAGUUAGCAGUCUCCAACCAGAAUGUCCCACCUCUGGCAGACCAAGGGGACGAGCACUCGGCUACUCGGAUAACUUCCAAAGAAGAAAACAAAGAUCUAGAGCUUCCUCUUGUCCCUGAACCCAUUGAGUAUGAAGAACCCAUCCUCACCCAACUGAUUGUUGAAAGUUACGAGGGAGAAAAGAUCCGUGGAUUAUAUGAAGGGGAAGGAACGGCCUAUUUUCAAGGAGGCAACAUCUACAAGGGAAUGUUUUCGGAAGGACUCAUGCACGGGCGAGGGACUUACACAUGGACCGACGGGGUGCAGUACGAGGGAAACUUCGUCAAGAACGUGCAAAUGGACCGUGGCACUUACAAGUGGCCGGACGGCAGCCUGUACGAAGGCGAAGUGAAGAACGGGAUCAGACACGGCUUUGGCAUGUACAAAUGUGGCACCUAUCCCGUUUCGUACAUCGGCCACUGGGUGGAAGGCAAAAGACAUGGAAAGGGUACCAUUUACUACAACGAACCAGGUUCUUCUUGGUAUGAAGGAGACUUUGUGAACAAUGUAAAAAGUGGAUGGGGAAUAAGAUGUUACAAAUCUGGAAAUAUCUACGAAGGGCAGUGGGAGAGAGACCUGCGCCAUGGAGAAGGACGGAUGAGGUGGCUAACAUCUAACCAGGAAUAUACUGGGAACUGGGUUAAUGGCAUACAGCACGGGCAGGGUACCCAUACCUGGUAUCUGAAGAGGAUAGCUGGGUCACAGUAUCCCCUGAGGAAUGAGUACGUUGGAGACUUCGUCAACGGCGACCGGCACGGACACGGAAAAUUCUUCUUUGCCAGUGGCGCCAUGUACGAUGGAGAAUGGGUGCUGAACAAAAAGCAUGGCAAGGGCAAGCUAGUCUUCAAGAACGGCCGGGUGUACGAAGGCGACUUUAACUACGAUCACAUAGCGGAGUGUCCGUCCUUGCAAAUUGACAUGACCAACAUGGAAGAGCUGAGCAACCUUCCUCUGAAGGGUUUUUCUGGCAUAGAUAGUGUCAAAGUUGUGGAUCAUUCAAGGAGUUCCUCUUCGUCGGGACCAAACAUUGAAAUAGAUCUAUCAACCUUGUUGGCUAUAUUUCCGGAAAAAGACAGGGAGGAUGAAAUGAAACAGACCGAAUACGCCGUGCUGAGAUAUAUCUCUGAGCUGAGGAGAAUCUACACCUUUUACAGCAGCCUGGGCUAUGACCACUCCCUGGACAACACCUUUCUGAUGACCAAGCUUCAGUUCUGGAGGUUCUUGAAGGACUGCAGAUUUCAUUACUGCAACCAGACGCUCGCCUCCAUGGACCGGAUUCUGAACGAUAAAACAUUACUGGAAGAGAUUCAUUCUCCAUAUGAAACUUUGCUCCUUAGGAUGUUUUUGACCUACCUCAUUUACUUAUCCUUCCACAUUUACCACAAGGAUUUUGAUGACACAAGUCCUCGCCUGUUCAAGUGUUUCUCCAAGCUGAUGGUCAAGAAUAUUUGUCCCAAUGCCUGCCGUAUCAAAGGUAUACUGUUCAGUGACCGACAGCAAGCUGUCUACGUGCUCAGUUACAUUGACAAGUGCUGGGAGAUUUUCCAGGCGUUCUGUAGACCAAGUACUCUGCCUCCUUAUGAACCUACAAUGACGAUGAGGCACUUCCUGUGGAUGUUGAAAGAUUUAAGACUGAUAACCAAACAACUCACAGCUACCAAGGUUGUGGACAUUCUGGCUAAAGACAAUCCUUCGGUCUCCGAUGCAGAGACUGUCAAUCUGGAACACGAGCUUGUCUUCCUUGAGUUCUUUGAAGCUCUGGUAGACUGUGCCCUUCUUUAUGUCACGGACGAGAUGUUGAAGCAGCAGGCUGAAGAGGUUGCCCAAGAAGUGACAGCUUCUUACAGGCCAGAUGCGCUGCCAGAACGGAGCGAAACUGCCUCUUUGCCUCCGGAAUUGUCUUCUCCUCAGUCCGUUCAUACUAGAAGCACCAGCAGUGAAGAAGCCAGCACUGAAGGCACAGAUGUCACCACCACCCAAGUUGGCCCCAAAUAUUCCUCAAGCAAGAUUGUGCAUUUCGUGGAAGUGGGCAAGACCAAGAAAUCUGAGAAAGGCAAAAGCAAAGAAGGGAAGAAAGAGGAGAAAUCCCACAAAGGAAAAUCCCACGGGAAAGAAAAAACUGCCUCUCCUCAAAGCAUAACUGUGAAUGUCGUGUUUUCUCCCAUCCCGGAAGAGAAAGAAGCAACCAUUGAACCUCUUCCGGUUUUAGGGGACCUGGAUAAAAUUCCCUUGAAGGAAUUAGCAGGUGAAAAAGAGAAAAAUGAGGAAAAAGAUAAGCUCAACCUCUGGAUGAGUCAGAUGUACAUUUUUUUUGUCAAAAAGUUUUUUGCCAACUACAAGAACUUGCAGUUGGUGAACGAAACCAUUGAAGAUAACAGAGUCCGAGAAGCCGAACUCUCAAUCUUGCGGAAGAAACAAGAGGAGGAGGAAGAGGCCAAGCUCCAGGCUAUGAAGGAGGCCGAGGAGGCCCGGAAAUUAGAAGAAGCGGCAGCGGAAAAAGCAGCCUUAGAACUAGAGGAGAAUUUGAAUCGAGAAAUGGAGGAAAGUCUGAGCCAGCUCCAAUCUCCUCCGAAGGAAGAAUCUCCUACUUCGCUUCAGAGUGUGCCCGGUACCAAGGCAGCCGUAGCGGGGAAAAAGAAGAAAAAGUGA